GUUUGGCAUGUGUGUGUGUAUGACAUAGCCUCUCGGAAAAUGUUAAAAUAAAUUUAUAGUUUAUAAUAAAAUAUUAAUAAAUCAGAUAGAAUCUGUAAGAACAUCAGGUAGAAUUUAGGUUCAAAUUGUCGAACCUAGAAUUGAUUUAAAACAUUAGCGGAAAAAAACUAAAAAACGGAUUAAAUUGUCAUGGAAAAACACAUUUGUACCUUCAACUGUUAACAUCUGACACACUGUUGGUUUUCUAAGCAUCGUAAAAGAAGUUUUCUCCCCCUCUCAGUAGUCGUCUGGAUUAAAAAGACUAAAUGAAACCAAUCUAAAACUCAACGUACAGAAAUUCAUCUUAGCGCACAAAUGAAUAAUUCGGCGUAAAUUUGCAUCUUCUGCCAACUUUUGGGCGUAAAAGUAGAGCACCAAGCAAUGAACGCAAAUUAAAAAAGCCCAAAAAAUCCUGAAUUUGCGCAACGAUUUUUCCAUUCCACUGGCAACCCUAGUCUAAAAUUUUUAGUCGUUUUCAAAUGUGUUUUAGCUGAAUUCUAGAAAUUAUAUAACAAAAUGUGUGAGAUGAUGACUGCAGUCCGUGUCUAUGGAAAAGAAGACUACAGGAUAGAGGAGAUUGAGAAACCUGUUCCUGGACCUGGAGAAGUUCUUGUCAAGGUAGAAGCUGUUGGUAUUUGUGCUGGGGACGCAAAAACGUUCACUGGUGCACCAAGAUUUUGGGGAAAUGGAGCAGAUGUUCCCUCGUAUGUAGAACCAGUGGUGACCCCAGGACAUGAAUUCUCAGCUAGGGUUGUACAACUAGGAGCAGGGGCUGCAGAGUUGCACGGCGUAAAGAUUGGAGAUCUGACAGUUUCAGAACAGAUUGUUCCAUGCAAUGACUGCAACUCCAGGUUGGCAAGAGAGUAGAAGCCUCAAACCAGCUUUCACAGCAGAUGAUGAGGCUCCACUAGAACCUCCACUCCGGGGCAGACCCCCACGCCAACCUCCUCCGGUUCCUCCUUAUCCCCCUAGACGUAGAGGACGACCUCGAAAAGUUGUUGCAGAAUCCUCCGCCGUUACUACGCCGAAGAGGAAAAGAGUAACUUUUAACCUAAAACCAAAGAUUUUACACCAAAGGCUUCAACGUUAAAAGAGUUUUUAUCGCUAGCCUCCGCCUUCAUUCUCCGCCUUCAGCCUCCGACUUCAUCCUCCGGCCUCUCCGCUGGGGGGGGUAAUGUGGAAGACGAUGCCUGGCCGCGUUAAACUAGUUCCACAAGAUUCAACAGAAUGAGAUAGAACGCA